GCGGAUGUUGAAGGAGGAGUCGAUUCAGUUCUCGUUUCUUUUCCCACACAGCUUUCGAGCACUUGACGCUUCUCUGCUACUCUUCUUCUCAAGUUACAAUCCCAACACGAUUCCACAGCUCAAUGCAACUUCUGUUCUUAAAGAGGAAUCAAUCAACCCUCCACCCAGCUUGUUAUUAAGACAAUUUGCUAGUUAAUGUUUUUCUCAAACCCUUCUGAGUAGGCUACUUUUCGACAGGUGUUUUGGGCAGAGUGCCCGGAAGAAAAAAUGUCCAAUGGGAAAGAUGCACCUGUGGCAGCGAACUCCUCACAGAUGACCCUGCAGGUGUGCCUUGAGGAGUGUAUGGAGGCCCUGGACCUCUUCCUCAACAACCACUUCAGUGAGAGCCUGGACAAACUGCGGCCACGGGUGAAGGAGAGCAUGUACCAUGCUCUGAUCUACGCCACUGUGCUGGAGAUGCAGGCUAUGAUGACCUUCCAGCAGGAUGACAUCAUCAAUGCAGGCAACACCAUGAAGAGUGCCCAGGAGGUCUGCCAGAGGUUUCGACGAAAGUCCCCUAGUAAUAUCAGUAAAUCACCUGGAGAGCGUCUAACUGAAGAGCAGCUCCAAGCUCUCCAUGCUGAUGCGUGUUAUGCUGAAUGCUUGCUCCAAAGGGCUGCUCUCACCUUCCUACAGGAUGAGAACAUGGUGAGUUUUAUCAAAGGAGGAAUCAAAGUACGCAACAGUUACCUGAUUUACAAGGAGCUGCACACCUUCAUACAGUCAAACAGCUCUCUCCAAGGACCCAACCACAUUCACUUAGAGGGAGGGGUGUCUUUUGGGAUCGGCGCAUUCAACUUGACUCUUUCCAUGUUUCCACCUCGGUUACUCAAAGUUUUAGAGUUUGCUGGCUUCUCUGGAGACAAGGAGUAUGGUCUGUCCCAGCUGAAUGAUGGUGCCACUACAAACAACCUGCGCUCAAUGCUGUGUGCCUUGCUGUUGCUCUGUUACUACACCUUCCUCACCUUCAUACUCGGUACUCUACUCUUCACAACCAGGACCGGUGAGGGGGACGUGGCUGAUGCUGAGAAGCUGCUGAAGCCUUUCCGGCUCCGCUACCCACAGGGGGCCAUAUUUCUCUUCUUUGCAGGCAGGGCUGAGGCAAUCAAGGGGAACAUUGAUGAGGCGGUGGUGCUGUUUGAGGAUGGCUGCAAAGCUCAGCAGCAGUGGAAGCAGUUUCACCACAUGUGCUACUGGGAGCUGAUGUGGUGCUUCACCUACAAGUGCGUGUGGAGGAUGGCCUACUUCUACGCUGACCUACUGAGCAAUGAGAGCCGCUGGUCCAAGGCCAUGUAUGUGUACAUGAAGGCUGCUUACCUGAGCAUGCUUGCUCCGGGGGAGGCUAGGCCUUUUGGGGAAGAUGAGGUGGAGCUCUUCAGACAGGUGUCCACCUUCAAGCAAAAGAUAGCAGGGAAGUCUCCACCCACAGAGAAGUUUGCCAUUCGCAAGGCUAGACGUUACAAAGCUAGCUGCCCAGUGAGGCUCCCAGUACCUGUGCUGGAGAUGAUGUACAUGUGGAACGGCUUUUCCAUGAUCAGCAAGCGGCCAGAGCUGACCGAGGGCAUGCUGCAGACACUGGUGGAGGCAGAGCGCACCCUGCUGGAAUCUCCCGCGAAUGAGUAUUCAGUGGAUGACCGCUGUGUGAUCCACCUACUGAAGGGGCUGUGUCUGAAGAACCAGGGACACAUUCAGGCUGCAGAGGAAUGCUUCAACAAGGUGUACAACAGUGAGAAGAAGAUCAAGUUUGACKAUUACCUGGUGCCCAACGCUCUGCUGGAGCUCAGUGUGGUCUACAUAGACACGGGCCGCAAGGAGGAGGCCAUCAAACUACUGGUGAAAGCCAAAACUAACUACAAGGAGUACUCCAUGGAGUCACGCACCCAGUUCAGGAUCCAUGCUGCUCUCUCCAAACUCAAGGCUGACACUAGUGACCAAGAUGAAAUCACACCACUGUAGUAUAACAGGUGUCAUUGUGCUGAGCAAGCACUGGACUUGCUUCCCCUGCCAUCUGUAGAUGUUCCAGGAAGACUUGCUCUCURUUWWWAAAAUCCUCAGACACUUUGAUCACUGCCUCAAUGUUACUUGCUUUGUGGUGAAAGUCUCCUUCCUUCAUGGAUGGUGGUCUCUCCCUGAUUAAAACACUUGAGUUUUGAA